AUGGCAAAACCUUUAGAUCACAUCAAGAGACCUAUGAACGCCUUCAUGGUUUGGUCCAGAGGCCAGAGGAGAAAGAUGGCCCGCGAAAACCCGAAGAUGCACAACUCUGAAAUCAGUAAGAGACUCGGCGCGGAGUGGAAAAUGCUCCCUGAUUCUGAGAAGCGUCCCUACAUCGACGAGGCCAAGAGACUGCGAGCCCAGCACAUGAAGGAGCACCCGGACUACAAGUACAGACCCCGGCGCAAACCCAAGAGUCUCCUGAAGAGGGACCGUUUCGUUUUCCCGUUGCCGUCUUUACUGGGGGACGCAGCGGAACACUUGAAGGGAUUUUCCAUCGACUCUUUUCUCGUUCCCGGGGAUAAAGCCAGAGCUCUACUGGCUCCCGCCUCCUCCGCUUCCUCAUUCUCCCUCCUGGAGCCGGUGGCACAUUUCAGCACCGGAGCUGUCCAGCGAAUGGCGGACAUACCGCACGCACUGACCGCAGGCGCUGUGCCCUACAACGCGCACACUUUUGGAUACCAGACUGGAGGUUUUGGGGGUCUGCCUUGCCCCGGACAGCACACCCACACUCACCCAUCACCUACCGGCCCGGGAUACGUGAUCCCGUGUAACUGUGGCGCCUGGUCUGCAGCUAGUUUACAGCCUCAGGUGGCGUAUAUUCUCUUUCCUGGAGGGAUGACCAAGAGCGGAAUGGACUCGUACACUUCAUCCAACUCCAGUGUGUGA